GCCAUUUUGAUUUCCAAAUCUGACAGAUUUCUUUCUGUGUUGCCUGUCUGCUGACAUGCCACUUGGACAGUGUCGAUACCACGGGUCAACACCGACGCUCCGCGGGCCACGCUCCGUGCAGCGGCCGCGUAAAUGACAUAGCAACCGGGGAAAAGAGAGUCUCUAUCGUCACGCUCACAUCAUCUACGGGCCUCCGGGUGACCUGAAAGCCAAACUCGCCGAUUUUUGCCGUUCAACUUUUAGAGGACGACUAAUACAUUGAUGGAUACGUGGUAAUAAACAUUUGACGGUAACCUAACGCAAACCCUGCGCGAGUGGUGGGAAGAAGGAUGUCGACGCCAGGUCUGAAUCGGAAGGACGCCUUCACUGACCAACGUUAGCAUCCUAGCUACAGUUAUCCACCGCUAACGUUGCCGUAUUUAUAUAGUUUGGUAACGUUAGCAACGCGAUUACGGUUUUGCUAGCGGGCUAGUUUAGGACCUGCAUGCAAGGUAAGUGAAAGGAACCGUCGUUAAACACUGAACGCACCGAUAGAUACUGGGAGCAGAGGAUAAGCUAACUUGGCGUGACGUUGGCUGUCAGGAUAAGAUGAGUGAGGCUGAAUGAACCAUGAUAUCAACAAUGUGCCACACUGUCUGCUGAUAGCUGUUAACAGCUGAUCUCAGGACGCGAGGAGAGGCCCAGGUUUUACAGCUGAUCGUGGUUAUAUCAUUUACAAUCCAUUUCAGGUUUAGCUAUGGGUAAGGACGGAUUCCUGACGUUCUUAGUCUUAGCAAAAACACCUGCUUGUUAAGCCUUGUUUAUGAUUGUUGUUGUUGUUGUUCACACUGUAAAUAUAUUACACAUUUACUGUGUGAAUGCUGACUUUGCCGUAUCAGAACGUAUCCGUUUUCAUGUGGAUCCUUAUCCACAAUUUGGACGAAAGCACGCUGGAUAAUGUCACGAUAAUCGACUGUUUUGUCCAAUGGAUUGUGGCAUGAAUCACAGGUUAUUAAGAUGGAUUCUUUACUGUAUCUGUGGUCUGCUUUGGGGGGAUGCAAGUUGAAGAUCCCUCCCUAAAAGACAUUGGCCAGUGACAGCUCCUGUCCGCCUCAAACAGUGUUCAACUGUCACUAUCUCCACAUCUUAUCUCAUAUGUGCAUGUUGCAGUAACAGAGGUGUCGGCUAAUGCAGGACUCAAUAGUCCUCACCCAAUCCACUGGCUUACACAUUGGUUUCAAGUAUUUCUAUCACACACUAAAGUUAAAUGUCUUCCUGCAUGGAAUUUUGUUUUGGGACCGAAUUAUUCUAACUCAUUGUGUGUCAUUGUGUAUCAUGUGACUAUGUGUGAGGCCAUUUUCAAAGCAAGCUGCGUAAUGUCAAUUCUCAGUUGUGCAGCACUAACUCAAUUACAGAUGCAUUGCUUCCUGCUCCCUCCAGGGAAGAGUGCAAGCCUGCGAGCCUCAUGGCACUUACGCUGACUUAAAUUAUUCUACCGACUGUUAAGAAGGCAGCGUGACUCUUCCGGGAAAUGAUUCUGUAACAUUUGUUUUUUCUUAUUUUCUCAUUACCAGGUUGAUGCCAAUAUCGCCUGGGUUUGUGUGUCUGACAGAAGUGGGUGUGUUUGUGUCUUCAUUGUGUGGAUUUGCUGAUGCGGAUCAAGGAAAACGUAAGAGAAAUGGCUGUUUAGCAAGGUCUGAUUGUGGAUACUGCUCCUUGUCCAUAUGUAAGUGCAUGCCUUAUAUUAUAUCACAAAGUUAAUUGUUCAGCACACAAUUUCAAAUAAUGUUAUUGACUUGUGUAUGCUUGAUGCAUGAUCACCAUGUCCGAUCUUCUUUUGGUCAACAGCUAAGUGUAUGUGCCGGUGACGUCAGCCAUGUUUUGGAAAUUUGACUUGCACACAUCUUCUCACCUGGAGGCUUUACUGGACAAGGAGGAUGUCACGCUCAUUGAGCUCAUGGAUGAGGAAGAUGUGUUGCAGGAGUGCAAGGCUCAGAACAGGAGACUCCUCCUGUUUGUGUGCCAGGACCAGUGCAUGCAGGACCUGGUCCAUAUGAUUACUACAGAGCCCCCUACCGGUGUAGAGGAGACAAUGCGCUUCAAAUAUCCAAAUUUAGCAUGUGAGCUUUUGACAUGUGAUGUGGGAGUAAUCAAUGAUAAGCUGGGUAAUGAGGAGCCUCUGCUGGAAACUCUGUAUGCCUUCCUGGAGCAGCCGUCCCCACUUAACCCCCUCCUGGCAUCUUUCUUCAGCAAGACAAUUGGGAACCUCAUCACACGAAAGACUGAGCAGGUGAUUUGUUUCCUGCGACGGAAGGAGGGAUUCCUUUCCUUGGUACUCAAGCAUAUUGACACAUCAGCCAUGAUGGAUGUGCUUCUGAGGCUUAUCAGCUGUGUUGAGCCACCUCCUCUUAGGCUCGAGACACUUAUUUGGCUAAAUGAAGAGAAGCUGGCCCAGAGACUCGUAGAGCUCAUUCACCCUGGGAAAGACGAAGAGAGGCAGUCCAAUGCAUCUCAGACUUUGUGCGACAUCAUUCGUCUGAGCAGAGACCAGGCCAAUCAGCUCCAAGAGAUUUCACAGCCUGACCCUUUGCUGACUGUGCUGGAGUCGCAGGAGUGUGUGGAGCAGUUGCUGCAGAAUAUGUUCUCAGCUGAAAGUACUGAGAGCUGUAUCAUCAAUGGAAUUCAAGUUAUUCUCACAUUACUGGAAAUCAGGAGGCCUGUGGUGGAUGGUGUAAUGGAUGCUCAGGGAUUUGAGAGAAGUUACACCGUUAACAGCAGCAUUUUGCUGGCCAUCCAACCACACCUGAUACAUUUCCACCAGCUACUUCUGGAGCCACCCAAGCGAAAUUCCAUGCUGACUUCUCUGGGUGUGCUAGAGGAACCGUUAGGGAACACACGUCUGCACGUCGCCAGACUGGUGGCCUCUCUGCUGUAUACCAGCUCUGCUAGCCACGCGGUAGUAGCACAGGAACUCUGCCGACUCAACACAAUGGACCUGCUUCUGGACUUGUUCUUCAAGUAUAUAUGGAACAACUUCCUUCACCUCCAAGUGGAGCUUUGUGUUGCUGCCAUCCUCCGGCCCUGUGCCCAUGAAAUGAGACUUCAGCCUGGCUUGGGAUCCCAGGAAAAAUCCAGUCCUCAUCUGGAUGCCUCACAGGAUCAGACUUUUGAUACCCCUUCUGAACCUUCAGCCACCUCUGAGAACUCUGCACAUAAUCUAAUGGUGACUCAUUUGUUUCAGCACUGCCACCUUGUCCAGAGGAUUCUGGAGGCUUGGGAAGAGAAUGAUAAAAUACAGUCAGAAGGUGGUAUGAGAAGAGGGUACAUGGGACAUCUGACCAGAAUUGCCAACACAGUAGUCCACAACCUGGAAAAGGGCCCAGUUCACACACAGAUUAGUAGUCUGAUUACAGAGUUGCCAGAGGACUACAGAGGGCGCUGGGAAACCUUUGUGGACCAGACCCUGUCGGAGACUAAUAGGAAGAACACCAUAGACCUGAUUGGCUGUGGAAACCCACGCCCUUCCUCAGAGGAUGAUAUGGAAAGCCCCUUCCCUAAAGAACUGACACUACAGCAGGCCUUUUCAGACUACCAGAUCCAGCAGAUGACGGCUAACUUUGUGGAUCAGUUUGGCUUUAAUGACGAAGAGUUUACUGAUCAUGACGACAGCAUUGGAGCAACGUUUGACCGAAUUGCAGAGAUCAAUAUCAACAUUGACGCAGGACAGGAGAAUGCUAAUACCGCUGUGUUUGAGACCUGUUCCAAGGAGAGGAUUCAGCCCUUUGAUGAUGAUGAAGAGGACAUCUGGGAGGAGAAAGAGAUCAAAUUUGCAGCACAAACCAAGUCCCGUAACAGGUUUGGUGGGUCACGGUCAUCCCAGAACCCAGCGGCCAGUAAAGAUUGUGAUGGGACAGCAGCUUCUGCCACUGAGGACUCUGACCGAGCAGCAGACUCGGACUCCGAGGAGGGAGAGAAUCCCAAAGAUGACCUGGACCCUUUCUCAAGCCAGGGCCCGACCGAUGGAACAAAGAGCACUGGCUGGAUUGCAGACUUUGGGGAGGUGAACUCGAAGCCUCCUGCAGCAGGAGUGGGCUUUUCUGCCUGGGACCCUCCAGACUCCAAACCGCCUGCCACCGCGGCAGAGGAGAAAGGAUGGGCCAAGUUCACUGACUUCCAGCCUUUCUGUUGCUCUGAAACCGGCCCGAGGUGCAGCUCUCCUGUGCACUCGGACGUCAGCGGAUCAGGCAACACAAAACUGAACCAGAAUCCGUGUGUGUGGAGUGUGUGUGUGGCGAGAAAAGCCCCACUAGUAGCGUCGGACAGCUCUUCCUCCAGCAGCUCAGACAGCGGUGAGGAAGAGGGAAAGACGGAGUCCUCCACCAGCGAGACGGUCACCACAGAAACCAUCACCACUGGCGCUGGAAAGGAGACAAUUCGGCUCACCGUGGACGCCAAAAAUGAAAGAGCGGUCUUCAACAGAGUAUUCAGACCAGCAGUCAGACGCGAAGGAGGUACGGUGCCAGUAGAAGGACUCUCCAUCAAAGACGAGGGGAAAGGCAAUGAGAAAGAAAGCAAAAAGAGAAAGAAACAUGAAGACUGUCCCGACCCACCGACCGCCAGUCCAACUACCCAGUCGGCUGCUGUCACACAAGAGAUGCAGCCAUCUGCUAAUGGACCGGCCUAACGAUGCAGCAAAGGGACUAACGCACACACGCACACAUGCGCACACGCACACACGCUUCAUACCUGUCCAUCCAACACACGGCAAUCAUCAACACACGGCAACGCCAGCUUUGCUUCCCGUUCGUCGCCCUCGUUCGCCCUUUUUGCGUCCAAAGAGAGGUAGCUGCUCAGUGUUGAGGUCAAACAGCCUCUAACGGUAUGAAUGCUGGGUGGUGCACAUCCACACAUAGGUACAUGGAUCUCUCCUACACCUUCAUGACUAAAUUAUAACUGAACCACUUCAAAGAGGAAUAUAUGUGUUUUAGAACAUUUCAUUGUACUUGACACCCAAAGCCACAUUCUGUAACCUAACUGCUUCAAAAUGUGAUUUGUAUAUAUUUCCUUCCUUGAUUUCCAGAGAACGACAUCACUCUUCCCUGUUUUAAUGAGCAGAGGACACUCCGAGUGUUUGAAUGCCAGUCGUGGCACUUUCAAGAAAACAAAUACCUUAAAUGUUAUUCCAUUUAGCAUCAAAUUUCAGAUUGUUUGAGCAAGUCUGCUCUCUGGGCAUUAAAUCACAGCCCAGAUUUUAUUUUAUUUUUUUAUUCAGGCAUUUGACUGUUUACACUCUAGUAAAGUAAUAUAGUUAGCCAAGAUUACAAAAGAUGCUCACAAAGCUUUUUUCUCAUCAGCAUUUCUUGCCAGGCAGACAUUUCAGUACAAAUGUGAUAAUUGAGCUUUUUUUUAUACAUGCUACUAAAAUCAUUUCCUGAUACAAGUAAGAUUUAUUUGCUUCGAUCACGCAGAUAAUUAACGCUCUUCUAAAAAAAGAAAUAUUUGGAGCCUCCAAUUUGGGAGCAUCAAGUGGCUCUUCGUGUGUGUGUGUGCGCAUGUGUGGGUGUGUGUAUGCGCGCGUGUGGGUGUUGUUGUAUCCGUGUGUGAAGGCGUGUGUGUGCUGUUGUAUCCGUGUGUGUGUGUUUGAGCUCUGUCUGAGGUACAGAGUGCAUUUUCAGGUCAAAGGAGAAUUAUGUGGUUUAAAAGAAAGCACACCUGUGUAACACACACACACACAGUGCUGCACACACAUGUAUACACGACUAAAUCCUUACACGCGUGAUGUUCACAUACCAAUUUAUAUCACCCUCUGAGCUGUUUAAAUGUAAUAUUGUGAAAUUUGAACAUGUAUUAGGUUGUGGCUAUUAUUGGUAAUAUGUAAACGUAAUAUAAAUAUAAACAGUAUAUAUAAACAUUAUAUCUAUUUUUGGAAUAAAUCCAAUGUAUAGAAAGUCAGUUGUUGGCAGGUUGCAAUGUGUGUAUUGUAUGUGUGUGUUGUACUGUUGAAAUGAGGCAAUAAUGAUGUCUGUGUUUCAGUUAAUACCCCAGCAUCAGUUCCUGUUCCUCUGCUACCUGCUUCCUGCAUAGAGGGUGCGUGUGUGUUUGUGUGGGUGCGUGUGUGUGUGUGUGUGUGUGCGUGUGCGUGUGUGAAUAUGAGUUGCUGGUCUGUGGUUUGUCCUCCUCAUUAUGUUCUAAAAACAUAAUGCUGGUUUAGAGCUUGGGUCUUAUUUUCAUUCAGUUAAACAAAAAAAUACCAGGUUAACUAAUCUUAUUAUGAAGCGAACAUGCUGGUGGACAUUGAAAUAAUAUCAAAACUACUGCUUUAACCUUUCUUAUUUUCAUUAUCAUCAUCUUCAUAUUAUUAUUAUUAUUAUUUGCAUGUACAUACUUUUCCUCCGUUAUGAUGGAUUAUAAUAAACUGGAGAUAAACAUAUUUCAUCAUUAAUGUAAUAGUCGAUUAGAUAGAUAGAUAGAUAUAUACUUUAUUAAUCCCCAAGGGGAAAUUUGUCAAAAAUUUAGCAAAAUUAUCGCCCAAUAUUUUUUUGAUUAUCAAUUCGUCAUUAAGUAAUUUUUUUGGCAAAAUGUCAAACGUGACCUAAUUUCAGUUUCCCAUUCUUUUCUUUGUCUAAUAUUCCCUGUAAACGAAAGCUUUAGGUUUUGGACGGUGACAGAACAUCCAAUGUGUCUCUGCUGUCUCUCUGGGCGUUAACAGAUUAUUAUGGAUUUUAAAAAACAAAAACAAAAAUGUAUUAACCAACCAAUGAAUCGAUUUAAUCAAUUAAAUAUGAAGCAGAUGAAUCGCUAAUGGAAAUAAUUGUAAGUUGCAGCAAUGCUGUUGAAACUUUGAGUAAGCACACAUUCUUAUUUGCUAAAACCAGUCGGAUUGCUGAUCUCCUUUCUUCAUUGUAUUAACAUUAUACCUCGUCGAGUCCAAUCUAAUCAUGACCGAUAGAAAUCGUGGCAAAAACAAGACCCAAGUUGUUAUAAACCAGAAUUAUUCUUCAGGUUUGCGUGUGCCAGACAGUUCUGCUUUACUUCAUUGUCUCCUUGUCUCUCUCAGGGCAGGAGAUUACUUUAAUUGCAUUCAUGCCUAUGGAACAAUUUCCAUAGAUUGUUUUAUUUAUUUAAAAAGCACUUUUUCAAGAAGCACUUUUGGUUUGUAUUUGGCGGUGCCAAGCGCCGCCACGCCAUCAAAGAGAUGGGACUGUUUGACUUGGAACGAGUGAAUAAUGUAGAUACUUUCGAACACUUUUUCUUCAAUGCUUUCUGCCAAAGUGUGUCUUCCCACCAGUGUUCCCACUGGCUUUCAUAUCUGUGAAAUAGCCUCCUCUCUUGAAAUUGUGUCCCAUGUCUAGAUUAAUCUAAACCAGUCUUUGUUUGAUCCCUCUCAUUUCUUUUGUCAUGUGAUUAAGUAAGAGAGGAUGCCACAUGUCAAAGAAAGACUUGGAAGAUUCAUCAUAGACCACAGAUAUGUUGCUUGUUUCUGUUCCAACACUUUGCUGUGUUUGAAGUGGAGCUGGUCAGAAUAAGCAUGAAAUGAAGUCAGGAUUAGAGGAGAAAAACAGGGCUUUCUUUAGUCAGGGUGUGUAGAGGUUUGUAUUUUCAUCCCGCCCAUCGCCAAACCUAAGCACUGGUUCUGACCCGUGCGUUGUGUUCUGGUGUGUCUCCUUCAACUUGAGUGGGCUGCGUGUGCAGUGUAGCUACGGGUAUACUGUGACGUUAUGCAUAAUGGCAUGAGGUACAGUCAUCUUUAAGUGCCAUUACGUUUGCACAUUCGCCUCAUUCACCUCAUUGGGUUUGUGCUGUAUUGUACAGUGUAUGCCCAAAACUUUCAUUCCAAGACAAUGGGGGUUAAAUUGUUACUUCACCCCAUUGUCUUUUCUGACAAAGUUCUUAAAGUUUAAAUCUUCCUCUCAUUAGAGCUUAUUACAUUUGUGUCGUUGAGUGUGUGAGAAAGCCGUGUUGUGAAAUGGCUUUUUGUGUUCUGUAAAGUGAACUGAUGCUGGUGGUGGGGUUUUUAAUUUUUGUUUUCAUUUAGGAAGUAAUGUCUGUUUCCUGUUGUCAAUUUUGCUUGUACAUUCAGAUAUGAACCUAAUAAAUAUCGGAUUAAGAAGAAGCAUG